AUGCGGCUCAAAAAAUCACAAAGGGCCGAGUUCUUCGAGGACGACGGUCUCGUCCCCCAAGAGCCCGCACCAGCGCGACUUCCAUCGAAACCUUUUCGACUCCUUGAUUUACCGUCCGAGAUUCGAGAGCGCAUCUACCAUUUCGCCCUGUUCACUCCGGCGCGGAAGAGCGCCCUGAAGAAGAAUGGCACCGUGGGCGCUUCCGCAAAGAAAAGCAAAGCGUUCUCCCCAACGGCACAGCGCAUCGCGUUAUUCUUGACUUCGCGUCGCAUUCACGAUGAGGCCAGCUAUUACUUUUACUCGACGCAAAUUUUUCGGGUCUUCCCAGUCCAGGACUUUGCCCGCAUGCCGACCGUCCGUCAACUGCCUCGUCGCCACCGCUCCUCUGUGACUACAAUCGAGUUGAUUCUGGGAAAUAGCUGGACUGCGCCACCGAAAACAUGGACGGUCAACCAGGGCUUGGGUCUGCACGACAUGGUCCUCACGCGCACGCUGAGGGUGUUUAUUGAAUGCGAUCCCUCGCAGCCGAUCUUUGAGGGUUUCCGUGUCUCCAAGGAAUACUACACCGAAUUUGCAGGGCGACUGAUGCGACAGAUCUUGGAACGACUGCCAGGUCUGGUCCAGGUCGAAUUCGACGCUUACCCGUCAGUCCAUAAAAAUGGGUCUUUGAUGACCCGGUUAUUGCAAGAGACUCGACAUUUCCAGAAGAGAGUUCUAUGGGGCCCAGAGAGAGGCUGGGUAGAUGGGGAAGACGACUACGACGAUCCGGAGGAGGACCCGACAGAUGCGGCUAUAGAUGGCCUGCGUGCCUCUCAUCCCGGGGUUGAUGUUUUGGCCGACUCGUUGCAGCUCGUGAGUUUGGAAACGGAAACGGUGGCUGCUUAA